GUGCCUCCUCACCUUUGUUCAGGUAGCCCUUUUCUGAAAGUGACGUUGGGAACAGUCGAUAGCUGCUUGAAAGCUUCCGCAAGGUUCAUCUCAUCAUAAUGGGUUCUCUUGGACUCGAUUGUCGGAUCGAAUAGGACCGGAUCGUCAGGUGGUGUAGAGCCGAACACAGAUUCCAAUGUUGUACGCCAGUCAGCGCGCGCCUUGAUGGUGACGGAGCAUUGGAAAAGCUCUUCAUCCUCCCUCUCAAGCAGGAUAGCGGCCCGCAUGGCGACGGGAACACCGGUCUCGGUCGCAGGAUUCUCCAGCAGUGUCCAUGAAGCCGAGUUUGGCUGGCCAAAAUUGCGCCCCCGGAGAGACUUGGCACCGACAACGGUUGCAGCGGGAAAUGGCCCUGACCUCGGGCUGGUAAGGACUGUUGGGAUCCAAACUGCUGAAUCGGAGGUCAAUGUGGACGGAAGCAAUGCGUCGGGCGCGUUUGCGAGAGUCGAAACGGAAGUCGAGGACUAUCAGGGUACAAAGAACAUCGCUGUCGGGUGA